GUCAGUCGCAAACCUUAGGCAGUAGUCUCGUGUCCGAGUCACUGACCGAUACCUUGGCUUCGAGGAACCUCUUAUAACGUACGCAUCGGUGCUCCCCGUUCUGUAAUCGGACGCGGGUUCUCACUGUGCCCUUCUCAAAUCAGCACGAUGUAUCUCUCAACCGUGGUGUGUUUGGCUUUGGCUGUAGUCUAUUUACUGUGGAGAGUGGCUUCUCGCCACCGUCAUCUCCCUCCCGGCCCAUCUGGACUGCCCAUCAUCGGAAAUGCCCUACAAAUGCCGACGAGAAAUGAAUGGGUCGUCUUCGCGGAUUUGGCGAAGAAACAUGGCGACAUUAUGCAUCUGUCGGCUCUCGGAAAUUCAAUCAUACUUCUCACGUCUCGACAAGCUAUCUCGGACCUGCUGGAGAAGAGAGGCCACAUUUACUCUGACCGCCCCAUCAUGCCUAUGGCGUCUGAGAUGAUCGGAUACUCUCGCUUCACCGUGUUGUGCCCCUAUGGGACCAUUCUCAAAGAAAGCCGCAAACUCAUCGGCGGGACCAUCAAUGCCCGCAAUGCCCCUCAAUUGCAGCGUGUCAUCGAAACGAAGAUACCGCAACUCCUUUCGAGGCUUCUCGCCUCUCCGAGUGAUUUUAGGCCUCAUCUGCGAUGGUAUGGUCAUCAUCACCGCCACGAGUCCGCACCAGACUUACGGCCUAUUGCAUACAGUCUAGUUGCCAGUAUCGUCUUGCAGAUCACGCAUGGUCGCGAUAUAAGCGACUCAAGCGACCCUCUGGUCCAGCUUGCAGAGCUAGUCAAUGCGCAAUUCUCAGCUACCGCAACUCCCGGCAAAUUCCUCGUGGAUGUUUUUCCGUUUCUGCGAUAUGUACCAGAGUGGCUUCCCGGUACCGGUUUCAAGGUUUUGGCGAAGGAGGCCCGUCACAGUCUUGAGAGGCUUCUUGAUGAGCCUUAUCAUGAAGUCAAGGAACAACUGGCGCGUGGCACAGCGGUGCCAUCCUUCACUUCAGACAUCAUUGAGAAGGAUCCUAAUCCGAGUCCGGAAGAGCUGUUCAUAAACAAGAUGACAUCGACUCAAUUCUAUGUUGCGGGCGCUGACACGACUGUGUCCGCGCUCGAAUCCAUGUUCCUAGUUCUAGCGCUGUAUCCGGAAGUUCAGCGGAAAGCACAGGCCGAGGUCGAUGCGGCAUUAGGGUCUAAUCAGCUGCCGAAGUUCAGUGACCAUGACAGCCUUCCGUAUGUAACUGCGCUUGUCAAGGAAAUACACCGGUGGAGGCCUGUGUUACCCCUAGCUCUUCCUCAUAUGGCCAUGCAGGAUGAUACGUACGACGGCUACCAUAUCCCUAAGGCGCCACGAUCAUUGCAAAUUCAUGGUACGCCGGCGGACAACUGUAGUACGAAUGCUGAGGAUAUGUCAUGGACAGGGCAAUUCUGCACGACUCGUCUAUCUACCCGGAUCCCUUCGAGGUGAAGCCAGAACGGUAUCUUGAUCGGAAGGAGGAUAUAAAUCCCGACCCCGAAACAUGGUCCUUUGGAUACGGUAGAAGG